AUGUUUCGUUUAAGUUUGGUCUUUUUGGUCGCUGGAGUCGUUGCCGUUCUCGGUAGCACUCUACCCGCAGAGUAGAGCUCUGCUUUACUGCUCGAGUGAGAAGGACGCAUUGUUGGAGGUCAGAACGCUUCGCCUGGUCAAUUUCCGUACCAGGCAUCACUGCGUUCAUCAGGCAAUGCUCAUUUCUGUGGCGGUUCGAUCAUCAACAAUCGCUGGGUUCUGUCGGCUGCUCAUUGUACUAUCGGACGAACUACAGCCAAUACUGUUGUCGUAGUUGGGACUCACCUGUUGAACAAUGGCGGCAACUUUUACACGACCGCUCGUAUACUAAAUCAUGAACUCUACAAUGGUAACACACUGCAAAAUGAUGUAUCGCUAGUGCAAACUGAGUCGACCAUUAUGUUCAACGAUUUGGUAAAACCUAUUGAACUCGCAUCAGGAUUCCUUGAUGCUGGCACCGGCGCUGUAGCAUCUGGUUGGGGACGACUUGGAGCGAUUGGCAGUAUUCCAAAUAAUCUUCAAUGGUUAAAUACUAGCAUCAUUACUCUGGCAGACUGUCGCACCAAUCAUUCGGAUGCAAAUGCAGCACGUGUACAUGAUAAUACUAUCUGUACUCUGAGCCCAAAUGGUCAGGGUAUGUGUAUGGGAGAUUCCGGUGGUCCACUUGUCUAUGGCGGACUUCAACAGGGUAUUGUCUCGUGGGGUAUUCCUUGUGAACGUGCGGCUCCAGAUGAGUUUGCACGUGUUUCUUCGCAUCACAGUUGGAUCUCGAAAAAUGCCGUUUGA